CAUUAAGCUCCGGCCAAUCAAAAGUCAGCAAUUCCCAAUUCCCAAGCUUGUUCACAACUUAUGCGGAGGCUUGACCUUCCGUCGGGAUAGUCAAGUUAGAGCCCUUAAACUUUCGACCAAGGCCAGAUCUGCUUACGUUUCUUUUCCCUUAUUGAUUAAUUACUCUUGUCGUUUUCUUCUCCUUCUUCUUCUUUGGAUUAUUAUGUCUAUAUUGUAAUUCUACAUAUGAACAAUACUUGAAGAAGAAAACCGUAAAAGGGGGAAUACCUACGUGCCUACCUAUCUAUUUAUAGAAUACUAGAUCGCAUAGCAGAGCUCGCUAGAUAUUGUACAAGGCAAGGUACCUAAGAAAGACCUUACCUUGCCCGCCCAAGAUGGCAGAGGUACGCCAGCGCAAAGGCAAGAAGGAGGACGAGAAAAAGUCGUCCACGGUGCCCAUCGUCGAAGAAAUACCGACCUCGGAGUCAGACGCCGACAGCACACAGCCAAAGCCAGCGACGAAGUCGAAGACGAAAUCCAAAUCCAAAUCCAAGCCCUCCACCAAGGAGCUCGUCGACGAUGACGAGAAGUACAGCCCGUGGAUGGACAUCCUGCGCGUUCUCUCCUUCCUCCUCGUCGCCUCCUGCGGCCUCAGCUACCUCGUCUCCAACGGCGAGUCCUUCACCUGGAACAUGCGCGCGCCGCCCAAGUACUUGCAGGCGGAUUGGUGGAAGACGCAAUUCCGCGGACCCAUCUACCUCACACCCGCCGAGCUCUCCCAACACGACGGCACCGACCCCACCAAGCCCUUAUACCUCGCUAUCAACGGUACUAUCUACGACGUCUCAAGCAACCGGCGCACCUACGGGCCCGGCGGCUCCUACCGCUUCUUCGCCGGCGCCGACGCCGCGCGCUCCUACGUCACCGGCUGCUUCGCCGAGGACCGCACCCCGGACAUGCGUGGCGUCGAGGACAUGUACCUGCCCCUCGACGACCCGGCCGUCGACUCCCUGUACCCGCCCGCCGAGCUCGCCGCCCUCAAGCAGCGCGAGCUCGCCGACGCCCGCCAGAAGGUCCACGACGCCCUCGCCCACUGGGUCCGCUUCUUCCAGAACAGCCCCAAGUACCCCCGCGUCGGCUACGUCCGCAAGGACAAGGACUGGCUCGCUAAGGAGCCCAGAAAGAAGCUGUGCGAGGCUGCGUCCAAGGGGAGGAAGCCUAGGAAGGCUCCUGGGUCUGCUGAGGAGUAGGAAAGGGGAAAGGGUCGGGAUUUUGUUUAAAUAUGUUGAGUGUUAAGGUUUUUUUUGGUUUUUUUUUAUUUUAUUUGAUUGUUUAUAAGAGGCAAUCCUACCACAUGGUGUUACAUCAAGUGUAAAAACUUCGCUGCUGGAAUUGUUAUCUCGAUAGUAUGGGUGGGUAGGUACCUAGGUAGGUAUGUAGAUAGGUGAAUAGGCUAGGCAGGUCAAUAAUCGAGGCAGCAUUUACAUGCAUGCAUACAUUGGUUGGUAGUGCUACGCGAUUGUUAGAAAGAGCUGAAAUACGCUGUGAGUGAGUGUGCAAUGAUAGGUGGCAAAGUUACUACUCUAUGAAUACUAUUAUGCAUACGAAC